AUGGAUUCGUAAUUUUAAAAAUUAGAGAAGACGGUUAAAAAGAGUAGCAAAUUCAACCUCAUAAAUCUUCUUUCAAUAUAUUCUAUAUCUUUUAUCUUUCUCUUAAUAUAACCCAUUAAAUUUGAUCUUAUGAGAGAAAUUCUAGGCAGUCUUAAAUUUACUCUCUUUUUAAUAAUUUAAUUAGGAUAGGGAGGACGACUUCAUCAAUAUCUUUAGAUAAAGCCAAAACCCCAUACAAAUCUUCAUCUUCCACUUUAUCGAAUUCAUUAUCUUUUUUUUAAUGAUAUUGAAUUUCUAUUGCUUUAUUUUAAGUCUGUCAUGAAAAACACAAAAGUAUCUUGCACAUUUUUAAUAGGAAAAAAUCAAAUGUUAUUGGUUAUAAUAAAUUAUUAACAAGAACACCACACAAUCACUAAGGUUUCUAAGUCAAAAAAUGAUCUAUAUCAAAGUUUCGCCACAUUAAUCAUACAACUUCAUAAUUCAAUUUAUAGCUCUAUAUAUUUUAAUAAAAUGUUAGUUUUAACCAAUUAUCAAAAUAUUUCUUUCAAAGAAAUUAUUCUUUUUUAUGAAUAUAUUUUUCUAUAUAAAUUACAACUACCUCUCCUUUGA